GGGAAGUUCUCUGCCACCUAGACCUUGCCUCUCUUUUGCCGUGGCGUCUGCUCAAGGCAGUUAAACAGGCGGGCAUGCAAAGUUUUGAAAAUGGAUGAAGUCUUCCCUCUAUCCUGGUCCCAGGUUGCACGUCGUGAAAGUCUACCUUCCCAUUAUUUCCGUGAGGCUGGAAACAAAUGCGACGGCGCAGCUACACCUCAAAGCCAGGCUCCACCUCAGCGCUCAGUACCACUUCGGUCGCCUCUUUGAAAGGAUCGACGCCAUCACUGAUGUGCACUUCGUGGCCAGCGCCAGGUUCCGGAACUAUUCGGUGGGCAUUGCCCACCUCAAGUACGAGGCAUGCAACACCCGGUUCACCCUCGCUCAAAUCAUCUGCCCAUCAUACUUAUUGAAGACACAAGUUAAGCCGCUGGUGAUGGACAUACUUAAGGCUACACUCCCCGGUGCGCUUUGCCAAGCUGUGCAACAAGUUGGCAACGUGGCAUUAUUUGAUUUUCUGUAUACAGCAAAUGUGUUGGUCUCAGUCCACUCAGCGACAACGCUCCAGUAUCAGCUGGCCACCAUGCCGCAGAUAACUCCUGACACCUUUGCAGUGAAAUUAAACAUUUGGAUACGAACGGCUGGAAGAUUCCUGGUUGUUCCCGCUAGUGAUCACCCAAUCGUUUUCCCUUUGCUGAAAGGCAGCAAUCUCUGCCUGCUGUUCACCCAGGAUGCUCUUAAUGCCAUCCUCCCUGCGAUGGUCCGCGUUGCGCCUCUGGAGUUCAUUACCAGGCCACAAGUGUUCUCUGGCUCCAUCCAGCUCAUAAAUGCGGUGGCCGUUCUUCUUUCUCAUCACAAGUGUCCCACGUGCCCCGAGAAGUCUCCUCUGAAGAUUUUGCUGAAGGUGGUCGAACCACCAGUGAUUGUCCUGCACCCCAGCAGUGCCCACCUCCAGCUGGCCGUUGAGAUUGCAGUAGCUGCUAAAGACCCCCUCGGGGCCAUCAUAGACCUCUUCAUCCUCAAGGCGAACCUCAAGCUGAGUGCUGAGAUGUCCGUCCACGGCUGCAAACUGAUCUUCCGUGCGACUCUGAUGAAAGUCGACCUGUUUGUGAUUGCCUCAGACAUCGGACACAUCUCUGUUAACAGUCUCUCAAAGUGGAUCCAUCUUCUUCUGGUGGAGACCUUCAUGCCACGCAUCAACGAUUGCCUGAAUGCUGGGCUCCCGGUGCCUUCUCUGUUGAACAUCAAAAUGGAUUACGCCAAGUUUUUGAUUCUGCAGGGCUCCCUCGCACUGUGUGUUUGAGAGGAAGGGGCUAUUACCACCAAAUGCACUCGGGAGCAGGAAGUGGAGUGGAAGACCUUUGAAAGAAGAGUCCGUCUCUAUCUAAUGCUUAAUGUUACGUUGAUUUCCCAUUGUAUCUCAGCUCUGAGGGCCGGUUUUGUUUAAUUUGCUCACAUUCUAGCCGCGUUGCACUUUCAAACAACAGAGAGGAAUAUCCUGAGGAUCUGCAACAGUCAGACAAGACUGGAGAUACCUCCAAGAAAUGAACACAUUUUUCUAGGGGUCACGCUUUGUGUCUUGUAACCAUUUCCUACAAAAUCAUUCUGCACCUUUCCUUUAUCCACCCACUCUUUUGGGUUUUCCCCUCUUCUCUCUUUUGUUGCAUUUAUUCCACACAGGCUACUGCUGAAAAUGUAUUAUUGCUAAUGGUGGCGGGAUUUCAUCCGUGAUACAGAAGAACAACCUUCCCCGUUUCUGUCCUUUUACGCUUGCUCACUAGCUUGGCUGCGCAGUUGCUUUUUGAAGGGGCGAUCCAAAAAUGUCUCAGCCUCUGUUUCUACCACUGACAACCACCCACACAAAAUGGAAGACAAAACAACUUCUGGAGCAGCACCGUUGCCUGAAGGAAUAGAAACACGUAGCGCUUCUUUUUAAAAUAAAGGUUUUUACUAUCUGAA